CGGCGGCCCCUCCCUCGGACUCUCGUCACAGGUCCGUGGGCCUACUGCGCAGGCGCCGCUCUGUCAGCACUUCGUCAGCCGGGUUAGGGUGGUCACCAGGAGCCACCGUGACGUGUCUUGUUUUUUUGUUUUUUUUUCUCCUCUUCCUGUCCUGAACCGAUUUGAGGACCAGGCAGACAACCUUGUGUAGUGUUUAGCUUCCUCUCCUCCCGCUGACCCUAGCCCCUCAUUCCUUCAAAAUUAAACUCAGACGCCGGGUCAGAGGUCUGGGUCAGCUGUACGUCCGGCCGCCUGAUAAAAUACCGGUCUUGACGGUAUUUAAGUAAAAGUUGGAAUUCGGCUGUGUGGAGAAAGAAGCGAUUCCUGGACUGGGGAGUGUAAUAGGGACACAGUCCCCUGCUGGCCCUGAAAAGUGUGGUGCUGCCGUAGAGUUCGGCUGGCGACAUCACGUCCAGGAACGACUCAAAGCUAAAAUCGAGAGAGAGAGAGAGAGAGAGUGAGUCAGUUCUCCUAUCCUUGGCGUGACCGCCCACGGUGGCCGGGCUCCAAGAAAGGUCACGGACGCUGUGCUUCCUGGUUCUCACGCUCUUCGUUCUUGCCCUCUGGGGCUCAAAGCGUGUACGCCUCCUCUGCGGCAAAGACAGUUUAGGUUCCUAACCAAAAAGCACGGUUUUCAUCAGCCACGCAGACUUGAGGAAGAAAAUCCGACAGACGUGUUCCCGUAGAAAUGCUCGUGUGCGCCUGAAAAAUCCCAGGAUCGAGAGUCAAGUUUGUCCCUCCUGGAGGACCUGGAGGAGACUCUGUUCUCCAGAAGCUGGUGGUGGUGAAGUGCAGGUCUUAAUUUGAAAAGACGGCCCAUUGGCCAUGGAUGCAGCUGGGAAAGAGGAAAUCAGUGUCGAAGAUGAAGCUGUGGAUAAAAACGUUUUUAGAGACUGUACCAAGAUUGCAUUCUAUAGGCGUCAGAAACAGCAGCUCAUAAAGAAGUCCACCUAUCAGGCAGUACUAGAUUCAAUCACAACAGGCCAGGACAGCACCAGGUUCCAAAUAGUCCAUGAAGCAACAAAGAUUCCUCUCAUGGCAGAAAUUUAUGGUAUAGAGAGAAACAUUUUCAGGCUUAAAAUCAAUGAAGAGAUGCCCCUGAAACCCAGGUAUGAAGUUCCUGAUGUCCUCACAAGCAAGCCAAGUACUGUCAGGCUGAUUUCAUGCUCAGGGGAUUCAGGCAAUGUGGUAUUAGCAGAUGAAAAAGGAGAUCUGAAAUGUCAUAUCACAGCAAAGCCAUUCAAGGUAGACCUGGUGUCUGAAGAAGAGGUGGUAAUGAGUAUAAAUUCCCUGGGCCAAUUAUACUUUGAACACCUGCAGGUUCCUCAGAAACAAAGAGCUACCAAAGAAAAUGAAAGUGCCUCAGUUGACACCGCCAAGGAAAAUGAAGAUGAUCUGGGCCUAUGGGAGGAGAAAUUUGGAAACUUUGUGGAUGUCAAAGCUAAUGGUCCUGCUUCCAUUGGUUUGGAUUUCUCCUUACAUGGAUUCGAGCACCUCUACGGGAUCCCACAACAUGCAGAAUCACACCAACUUAAAAAUACUAGCGAUGGAGAUGCUUACCGUCUGUAUAACCUGGAUGUCUAUGGAUAUAAAAUACAUGACAAAAUGGGCAUUUAUGGUUCAAUCCCUUAUCUCCUGGCUCACAAACUUGGCAAGACUGUAGGAAUUUUCUGGCUGAAUGCCUCAGAAACACUUGUGGAAAUCAAUACAGAGCCUGCGGUAGAGUACACAUUGACCCAGGUAGGCCCAGCUGCUGCUAAACAAAAGGUCAGAUGUCGAACUGAUGUGCACUGGAUGUCAGAGAGUGGAAUCAUUGAUGUCUUCCUACUGGCAGGACCUACACCUUCUGACGUUUUCAGGCAAUACUCUCAACUUACAGGUACACAAGCCAUGCCCCCUCUCUUUUCCCUGGGGUACCACCAGUGCCGCUGGAACUAUGAAGAUGAGCAGGAUGUAAAAGCAGUGGAUGCAGGAUUUGAUGAACAUGACAUUCCAUAUGACGUCAUGUGGCUGGACAUAGAGCACACUGAGGGAAAGAGGUACUUCACCUGGGACAAAAAAAGAUUCCCCAACCCCAAAAGGAUGCAAGAGCUGCUCAGGAGCAAAAAACGUAAGCUUGUGGUCAUCAGCGACCCCCACAUCAAGACUGAUCCUGACUACUCAGUGUACGCCAAGGCCAAAGAGCAGGGCUUCUUUGUGAAGACCCGUGAAGGGGCGGACUUUGAAGGGAUAUGCUGGCCUGGUCUCUCCUCUUACCUGGAUUUCACCAAUCCCAAGGUCAGAGAGUGGUAUGCAGGUCUUUUUGCGUUCUCUGCUUAUCAGGGCUCUACGGAUGUCCUCUUCAUAUGGAACGACAUGAAUGAGCCCUCGGUCUUUAGAGGGCCAGAGCAAACCAUGCAGAAAAAUGCUGUUCAUCAUGGCAACUGGGAGCACAGAGAGCUUCACAACAUCUAUGGUUUCUAUCAGCAAAUGGCUACUGCAGAAGGACUGAUUCAGCGAUCUAAAGGGAAGGAGAGACCCUUUGUUCUUACACGUUCUUUCUUUGCUGGAUCUCAGAAGUAUGGCGCUGUGUGGACAGGAGACAACACAGCAGACUGGAGUUACCUGAGAAUUUCUAUCCCAAUGUUACUGACUCUCAGCAUCACUGGGAUCUCUUUCUGCGGAGCUGACGUGGGCGGGUUCAUCGGGAAUCCGGAGGCAGAACUGCUGGUGCGUUGGUACCAGGCGGGGGCCUACCAGCCCUUCUUCCGCGGCCACGCCACCAUGAACACCAAGCGGCGGGAACCCUGGCUGUUUGGGGAGGAACACACCCAGCUCAUCCGAGAAGCCAUCAGAGAGCGCUACACCCUCCUGCCCUAUUGGUACUCUCUGUUCUACCACGCACAUGUGGCCUCUCAGCCUGUCAUGAGGCCCCUGUGGGUAGAAUUCCCUGAUGACUUACAGACUUUUGGUGUGGAAGAUGAAUAUAUGCUAGGAAGUGCUUUACUGGUUCAUCCAGUCACAGAGCCCAAAGCCACGGAGGUUGAUGUGUUUCUGCCAGGAUCAGAUGAGGUCUGGUAUGACUCUAAGACAUUCGCUCACUGGGAAGGAGGACGCACCGUGAAGAUCCCAGUAGCCUUGGACACUAUACCAGUGUUUCAACGAGGUGGAACUGUGGUCCCAAUAAAAACAACUGUGGGGAAAUCCACGGGGUGGAUGACUCAUUCUCCAUAUGGACUCCGAGUUGCUCUAAGCACUAAGGGUUCUGCAGUGGGUGAGCUAUACCUGGAUGAUGGCCAUUCGUUCCAAUACCUCCACCAGAAGCAGUUCUUACAUAGGAAGUUUUCAUUCUGUUCCAGUGUUUUGAACAAUAGUUGUGCCGACAAGAGGGGUCAUUAUCCCAGCAAGUGUGUGGUGGAGCAGAUCUUGGUCUUAGGUCUUGGGAAGGAGCCGUCUUCUGUGACCACGCACUCUUCUGAUGGUAAAGACCAGCCUGUGGCUUUCACAUACUGUGCCCAAGCGUCUACCCUGCGCCUAGAGAAGCUCUCUCUGGACAUUGGCGCUGACUGGGAGGUCCAGAUCAUGUGAUGACGCCAUCCGGGAGCUGCCUGCUCUUUCCUACUCCUCCCUUGGCCUUUUUGAGAUUCGUGCUGCAACCUAAUCUAAUCCCUGGCUCAAGAUCAUCUUUUGCUGAGUCACCAGUACACUAAUGCAUGAUAGGGUCCAGAUUUUGAGAUUUCAGAAUUUACAUCCUUAAGAUGUACCAGCAGUAUUCUCUGUGUCAGAUACCACCUCUUCCCCCAAGCCCUGGCAGCCCCAACACAUGUACUGAGUUCAGGAGUCUUCCACUGCCUCUUGGGCCCCCAGCCCUGUGGUAAGCACUGUGGCCAGUGAGCAGGGCUUCCGGGUUUGUGGUGAUAUGGGCCACGCCUACUCAAGUGGCCCCUUGGUCAGGCUUGCCUCGGGCCUUGCGGCUGAGGUGCUUAAGGGUGCUCUCCAAGAGGACGGCAGGCUCUGGUACCCACAGUCACCUGUCAUCCCCCACAUGCGGUGGGCGGAACAAGCCUCUUCUGCAUGUACCCCGGAUGCUGCAGCAGUGGGGGUUCCUGUCCCCUAGGGAUCCAUGCAGGGGCAUGAAAGACUCCCUGCUUCCCAGGCUCGGAAGUUCCAAAUUAACCUUAAAAUUCAGGCUUCUUUGUUUGAAUUAUUUUGUGACAAAUGCUGUCUACAAACUAAAAAAUAUUUAUAAUAUGAACAAGCUAUAAUUAGCAAUCACAAAAUCAGCCCCCACAUCCCCACCACUAAACUUUAGAAAUAGAGGCACUGGCCUUAGGCACAGAAUGUAAGGGGAUGCAAAAAAAAAUGGAAGAGUCAAAAUAAGAAAUAUGGACUAUUUUAAAAAAUAAAAAUGAAUGGGGCCGGCGCUGUGGUGCAGCGGGUUAACGCUCUGGCCUGAAGCACCAGAAUGCCAUACAGAUGCCAAUUCAAGUCCUGGCUACUCCACUUCCAAUCCAGCUCACUGCUAAUGCACCUAGGAAAGCAGCAGAAAAUGGCCCAAGUGUUGGGACCCCUGCACCAACAUGGGAGACCAGGAAGAAACUCCUGGCUCCUGGCUUCAGCCUGGACCAGCCCUGGCCAUUGUGACGAUUUGGGGACUGAACCAGUAGAUGAAGGAUCUCUCUCUGUAUCUCUCCUCUCUGACUCUGACUUUCAAAUAAAUAAAUCUUUAUAAAGAAAUAAAUCUUUAAAUAAAUGUUUAAAGAAAAAAACUAAUAUGAACAAAAUAUCAACACUUUAAAUAAAGUGAGUCUCAGUAUUAUGGAGUUUUCCUCUUGCUGCUGUGGCUCGGCAUGGAACAGAACAUUACAGGAUGCAUCAUGGCUCUCUCAGCUCUGGAAACCCCGUGGCUCCCUGCUGCCAGCGUCUGCUGGGGCUGCCUCCACUCCUCAGCACCCCUCAGCGUGCACACCAGCAGCCUGCCAACUGCCACCUGUCUGCCUGUGCUCCCUCCACGUGUGCAAUCUAACCCUCUUCCAGGCCUUCCGGGAAGCCUUCCUAACUACCCUACCGUGCCUGUUUGGCCCGUACCCAUCAGCAUGGUUUUGCCUUUUCUAAAAUGCUGCCCGGCUUGCAGCUGUGCUCCGGGUAGCAUUCUCAGGGGUUGUACCUGAAUAUUUCAAAGUACUGUUUGUUCCCCUGCUUCCCCUCCUAGGUUGUAUGUUUCUUAAAAGCAUAUUGUGUUUCUCAUGUCUGCCAGAUCACCAUUAUACUUGAUUAUCAGUGACUGCCAGCUGUGAUUGGUUAACUGGUACAGCUGGUUGAUUUAAAGUAACACUCAAAUGUAUUUUUAAAUUAGUAUUAUUUAUUCAUUUGCUUUCAUUUUAUUUGCAUGGCCGAGAGACAGAUCUUGCAUCUUCUGAUUCACUCACUCCCCAAAUGACCACAACAGCCAGGGUGGGCCAGGCUGAAGCCAGGAGCCUGGAACUCAAUGUGGGUCUCCCACAUGGGUGUCAGGGACCCAGGUACUGGAGCCAGAAACUGCUGCUUCCCAGGCUGUGCCUCAGCAGGAAGCUGGCUUAGGAAGCAAAGCCAGGGCUCAAACCAAGGACUCCAGUGUGGGAUGCAGCUAGAUGUCACAAGCACUGGCCUCACUGCUUUGCCAGACACUGGCCCUGAGUGUAUUUGUGUCUGACUUGCUUCUCUGACACACAACUCUUUCCCAAUGCACUGAACAUUGUGUGUUUCCUGCUGGACAUGUUUCCUUGCGUCAGUUCAGACGUGAGCUUUGUGCCAUAUAUAUGGCUCACCUGGAUCUCUGCCCAUUCUUCCCUCAUUUCUGUGAGUUUUACAGUUGAGAAGAAAGGAAGAACCCUACAUUAGCUGAAGCCACAGUUCCAAGCUUCAAAUUUCUCUUACCAACCUAAGAUCCAGCCUAAAAACUGGUACUCUUCCCUAAUAUGAUUGUUUUUAUCUAUUUUAAUUUAAUAGAUUUAAUAGAUCCUGAUUUCAACCUGGCCCACCCCCAUCCCCAGCUGUUACAGCCAUUUGGGGAGUGGACCAGCAGAUGAACAAUGCCUGUGUUUGUGUCUCUUUAUCUCCCUAUCUCCCUGUGUCACUUUGCCUUUCAAAUAAAUCCUUUUUUAAAAAUCUAUACAUAGCAACAUAGAAAUAGCAACAUAGAAACUUUUUUGGUAAAAUAUUUCUGAAGUGAUUUCGUCUAAGUAAAAGUUACAGUAAAGCAAACCCAUUUGCGGGACACCCUACACUCUUCACAGCCUGAAGGCCAUGAAGACUGGUUCUGAGGAGCAGCUCCAGACUGAGGAGAUGGGAGACAUGACAACAGGUGUGGUCCUGGGCUGGACUCUGGGCCAAUAAAGAACACUGUUGGGGCAGUUGCCAACAUCUGAGUGGGAUAUUUUCUAUGAUCAGACAAAAGAAUUUUCUGGGGUUUAGGAAAGUAAUUCUGAGGUUGGAACUAUGAGCAGAUAGUUUUUUCACUUUUUUAGUAUCAGAGUAUCCAAAUGACUGGCAGCAGAAACACAGAAAACACACAACUCUGCAGCUGAAUGGUUUUUAGCUCCUAAUUAACCACCUUACAAAAGAGCCUUCUGGGUAAUGGGAUCCCUGUGACAAUACCAGGCAUCCCCCUGCUUUCAGGAUUUUUCACCUACCAAAGACUGAAUUCCAGAGGGUGCUCUCUACUGAAAUGCCCUCACAGCCCAGGUCGUAGGAAGCCCUGAGCAUCUCCACUAGAGAAUGGAGGCUGUGCAGCCAGUGCUCCAGGAGAAAUAAAGGAGACGUUGGCAUCUGCUGUCAGAUCAGCCUGUCUCGCAACCAGCCCUGCCAAGGGCAGUGGUGCCACAGCAAGCACCUCCCCCCGGGGGUGGGUUAGACAGCUGUUCUUGACAGCUGUUCCCACAGGGCUGGUGGUGUGGGAGUCCUCUCCAGUCACAGCCAGGGGAAGGGGAGCCCUAUUUGUAUGCAGGGAUUCAGUGACGUCUUGCUAAGUCCACAUUAAUGGCAUCUUGGUCUUGUAGUUACUCCUUUACUGGAAAUCAGGAAACCUGUGCUCUGGUUUGAUGCCACAGUGACUUAGCUGAGUGAUGCUGGCUGUGCCAGUUAACCUCUCUGGGCCUUGGUUUCCUUAUCUGAGAAAGUGAGAGAGGGAGAGAUUGAUUUUAAAAUGCUGAGUUUCCCAUGAACUCAUUGUAAAAAACAGCAGAAAUCUUAUUUCCUUGAUUGUAAAAUGAGAAUAAUCAACCCCACAGGUUGUUGUAGAGACUUAAAAUAGUCUGUGUGUGUGGAAAGUGGAAAACAGUAGCUGUACUGUAGAGAAGGCUGGUAGACACCAUCUUUCUCAAAACUGACCUGGGGCCGGCACUGUGGCACAGCAGGUUAAGCCACCACCUGCAGCACUGGCAUCCUAUGUUCGCGCAGGUUCAAGUCCCAGCUACUCCACUUCCAAUCCAGCUCCCUGCUGAUGCACUUGGGAAGGUGGCAGAGCCUAGCUCAGAUGCUUGGGCCCCUGCAUCCACAUGGAAGACCCCAGUGAAGCUGGCUACUGUCUUAGGUCUGACCCAGCCCUGGCCGUUACAGCCAUUUAGGGAGUGAACCAGUAGAGGAAAACUUCUCUGUCUCUGCCUCUCUGUCUCUCUCACUCUGACUUUCAAAUAAAUAAAUCUUAAAAAAAGACCUUACCUGUAAUAAAACAUAGCAUUAUCAGUCUCCCCAAAUAUACUUAGAGGAUGAGGAUGCAUCACUUCUGUAAUAUUCUUCCCCCAACUCUAUAACCUCAGUCUAAUCACAGGAAGAACAUCAAACACAAGCUGAGGGACAUUCUACAAUAUGCCUGACAAGUACUCUUGAGAAGUGUCAAGGUCAUGAGAGACAAAGACUAGAGGCACUGGCAUGUGGUGUACUGGGUUAAGCCACUGCUUGCAGUGCCACAUCCCCUGUUGGGGGCAACUGUUCAAGUCCUGCUGCUGCUCUGAUCCAGCUCCCCAAUGAUGCACAGGGGAAAAGCAGCAGAAGAUGGCCCAAGUGCUUAGGCCCCUGCCACCCAGGUGGGAGGCCCAGAUGGAGUUCCUGACUCCUGGCAGGAGCCUGGCCCAGU